UAAAAACAGUCUGCAUGCCUCUUAUACACCUGUGGCCAGGCCAAGUGAUUAGGACACCUGAUUCUGAUCAUUUGGAUGGGUGACCGAAUACUUUUGGUAAUAUAGUGUACAUGAAUUUAAAUUAAAUUCUUCAUCUGAUGUUAUAACACUUGGUUACCACUAGAGGAGCUUGUGAUUUAGUAUUCAGUGUGUGUGUAGUGUUUGUAAAGGGCAAUAUAUCUGAGAGUGCUGAUCCACUCCAAUGAGUAAUAUACAGCGAUAAACCUACUUCCAGUUCCAAAAUGUUGGAUUCAAUUCCAAUUCCAGGUGUAGUAUUGCGAGUUUCAGUACCAGAACCAUGCUUUGACCAAAUAUGAAUCAAUAAAUUAAAAUGGGCACACACACACACACACACAGAAAGAGAGAGAGAGGCUGAAAAUUUCAAAUUUAGAUUGUUGGUGCAAAAUGACAGGUUCAUCCUUUAUAUCAAUAAGCUCAAGAAACUUCGGAAACCUCAGACGCAUGAUUUUAUUUUUACCAAACACAGAGAAUUUUCCCACCUAAUUAUCAUAAUAACCUGUCCAGUGGGCUUCCUCUGGAUUCUCCAGUUUCCUUCCACCUCCCAAAACACGCCAGUAGGUAGAGCGGUGACUCUAAAUAACCCCUAGGUGUGAAUGAGUGUAUGAAUGUAUGUGUAUAUGAUGCCCUGAGAUGGACGUGGGGAUAAAUGUAGGGUCUAUUCCAGGGUGUAUUCCCACUUCACACCCGGUGUUCCUGGGAUAGACAUCAGAUCCACCGUGACCCUGACCAGGAUAAGGCAUGAAGGAAGUUUUUCAGGUCAGUGUUUAAAUAGUGUUUUAUACAAAGAUGACAUAAAAGUUUCCAGCAUAAAUCUACAGAUGGCUCAUUCAGGACAACUAAUAAGCUGAAAAGUAUGGUUUCUGUAAAAUUGCAGCUUUUUACCAAACUAAAUAAAUGUUCUUUGUGAUUGUCUUGAGCUUUAAUUUUGUAGGCAUGCAUGUUUUCUAUACAUAUGACACAACGUCUAAAGCGUGGAGGAGAUUUUAGAAAAAAAAAGUUGUGGUCAGAGCACUUCCUCUCUCUCCUGUACUCACUGUUUCCUGACUGAAGCAGAGCGACUUCUGAGGGUUUAGAAAUUGUGAACAGCGCUCCAGAUUCAGCAUGAGGAUUAUACAACUUCAAUUCUAUCUACUUGUGUGCUGUGGAGCUGCAGAAAGUUUCACAGAGAAGUCGGUAGAUUUGGGACAAAACGUGACUCUAAAGUGUGAGGUGUCUGUAAAAGAUGUGUACUGGUUCCUGAUGAAGCCGUCAGAACCUCCACUGUUUAUAUUACGCUCUUUCAGACAGAGUCCCGGGGAACCACAAUACAGCAACCAGACCUUCAGCAAGAGAUUCUCAGUGCAAUAUAACAGCAGUUUAUUUAUACACAACAUCAGUACUAAUGAAUUAGGAGUGUAUUAUUGUAUUCAAACUGGUUCACCUCCCGACAUCAGCAGUGGAAUCAGACUUUACACCCAGAAUCACUCAGCUGUGUUUCCAGAAAAUCAGACAUCAGACAGUAAUCAGUGGCAGAAUCAGACAUCCAGUAAAAAUGAAGUGAACAGUCACUGGUCAAUUCCUCUCGUCAUAUCAGGAAUAAUGAACUGUGCUCUGGUCGUUGCAGUUACAGUUCUUACAGCUCGUCACUGCAGAAGACCUCCAAAAACUCAAGCACAACCUCCAGAUCCCGGUUUACAGCCGCAUCAGGACAACACCGGCCCCGUGUAUGCCGAGGUGCAACACACCACGACGAACGGGUGCGUUCAAACGGAUGUCAUUCAGAUGAGUAAUCUCAACAGCACAUACGCUCUUCUGCAGCUACCGAACCCGUGACCCGGAACGACCUCACACAGAAGAGUGACCUCCAUAGCUGCAGGUUCAAACCCCAUCACAUGGACUUCAUAUUAUGUUUCAUCAUAUCCAUAAAGAAGCCUCAUUUCUUCAGCUACUGAUUUGUGAUGGAUGAUUCAUUUGUGAUGAAUCAUUUGAAGAUGAAUUGAUUCACAUGCACGAACAAAUCUUUUUUUUUUUUUUUUUUUUUUUUUUUAAAGCCCAAUCUUUAUAAGCUAAUGUGUAUUUCCAAAUGCUGUUUAAGUUGUGAAUCAAAUUUCACAUUGUAAGAGUCACUUAAAGACAUGAUUUGAAAGAAUCAAAUCACUGAACUGAGUCACUGGACUGAAGUGAGUCAUGUUUCAAACGCUGAAAAAUGUCUAGUCAGUGUUCUUACUAGAACGUCAGCCAUUUUAAGAAACAUUUAAAAAGCAGAAGAAAAGCAUACAAUUUGCUCUAACAAGACUUUCAUUAUAUGUUGUCUCGCUGGCAGAGACAUUCCCAUAAUGCACUGACAGUGUUUCAGUUUAAAUACUAAGGUUAGUUUACAUGUGUAACAUUAAAAUAACUAUGCAAUGAAAUAAAGUGUAAAAUGAUCUGUUUUAAUAUAA